AUGCUGGCAUGGUUUGGCAGUGUUAGUAUGCGACCUGCUUCUCAGUCGGACCAACCGAUGCAGCCAGGCCUUGUUUCUGCUCCGAGAGGCUCAAUCGAUUCCAUCGCAUCGAAUCGUGUCGCAGUGCAGCGCAUUACAUCGUGGCAGCAGCAAUUGGAGUUGGAGUUGACAUUGAGGGGGAGAGGAAUUGGAUGGAAGCUGCUAGGAGGUGAAAGCUCCGACCACCUGUUUUUUCCCCGGGCCGUCGCACAAACUCUUGGAGACAACGAUACGUACCUCAUCAUGUCCACACCGCUCCCUUCCAGUUUUCACCUUCCGAAUCCAACCGCCGCCACCAGGCACCAGUCGCAUUCUGCCUUAGGUAAGAACAAAAUUCCCCAGAUUCCCUUGAUGACUAAUACGGGCUCGAGGUCACCCGAUGCGGCUCACCUUAAUGUAGACUUACCGAAGAGCUCAGAUUCCCACCUGUUUGUAGCCGUCUCUGCUGGCUUCUCGUACAUGGCAGGCUCAUCACUCAUUGGCUCGUGGCCCGCGUCACCUCAAGACACCCACCACACCAGACGCGUCAACGCAUCCAGGCACUCUCAAGGACUACCUCCGAUCCUUCGCCGGCUCGCUUCUUUGAAUCCAGUCAUUACAGUCAUAUUAAACUCGCCACCAGAUCUGAAUCGAUGUUGCGAUGCAUCGUGCCUCCUCACACGACCUGAUUAUCUCACCCCCGGAUCUCCGAGAAAUAGGUGGCCGGAGGGCUCUCGACCAGCUGACCGCGAGAAUUCCCGCAAGGCUUGCCUGGCACACACAGCCAAAUAUCGCAACCACCAGAUUAGCUUCUCAGCCCCCAUUUGGGGGCCGUUUCGAUGUAGCCCAUCGGAGGCCGCUCGGAGAGACUGGAAUUCGCUGGAAAAUAUCUUCUUGACCCCGUGUUCUGAACAUCCUUCUCUCAUUCCAGUAUCAAGAAAUCGAACCGCUUGUGUCACCCACAAUACACAUAGCCGCGCGGAAGGGUCGCUACAUCAUCAUCAAAUAAUUGGUGGCGUUCAACCAACCCUCCCCAGCCUUACGAGGCAGAUUUACUACUCCGAAACGGACUUACCCAUCACUAAUAUCAUUCGCCAGACUCAAACACCCACAUUUAAGGCUGCUGCGAGUCAGGCCGGGUCUUCCGGGGCAAAGUACACGCACAAACUUGCGAAAUGCUCGGCGUUCUUGGCUCGUGCAAUGCUUCUGGAAGGCUGUCUACUGAAGACUCAUCCUCGUCACAGCGUCGUACGAACUAUUGACAGUCAAGCGGCUUGUGAUGGGUUACGCCAUGCCAUCAAUGCCUUCUGGGUCAUUGACAUUACCGAGAUACCGAAGUUUGCGUACUGCAUAGCCUUGCCGUGGUGCUUCGGAGGUGCCUACUGGCCCUUCGAUCAUGCGAAGUGGAAGAACGCCAUGCCGAACGGCGCUUCGUGCCUCAAUUUGAUGCUUGUAUUACCUCUGCCUCCCAAACUGCCUACGUGA